AUGUUAUUUUUGAAUUUCAAUCAUCCCCAGGCACAAACAGCAAACCCUUCUUCGCCCCGCCCAAAAGAUCCUUUUUCGUCCCAUCAUGUUCUUCGGAGCCGAAGGUAUGCUCCGGACGAUGCCAAACAUUGCUUCUUCCACACACGUGGGUUUGAGAUGUUCGAAGCAGCUCGGACCCAUGGUGGAAAUGCAGACCUGGCCCGGAUCUUCAUGUCCUGCAACAAGGAGCCCUCGAAGAUCAUGCACAUCGGCACCAAUCCCUUGUCUGCUCGGAACGCACGCACCAAGAUCUCCUAUUGA